UCCAUCUGCCGCUACUGGCUAGACCGGCUGGUGACUAGCGUCCCCCUGGACAAGGUCCGUGGAAGAGCAGCUAGGCCAGGAGCUGUUUCUCCUGGUCCAUGCCUUUAGCUCUGAAUGGCCUGGAUUCGAAACUCACUGAGGACCCGGCUGCAGGGUGUCAUUACAAAAACAGUGCUGUAAAGCCCUUCCGCCCCACAGAGCAUGUUCACUCUCAGGCUUUGCAGAGGCGCCACGGGGAGUCAGGCACCAAAACGGUAUCGAAAGCCGAUGGGAACUGGAUGCCGAAUGCCUUCCAACCCCCCGGCCUCGGGACCAAAAGGAUCUGGAGAAGCAGGACUUGGCCGAGCAGGAGGAGGGAGCCGUAUCCAUCCAGGACAUGGAGCUGAAAGAGGAGUGGCAUGACGAGGAGUUCCCGGAGCCUCUCCCGGAGGAGGUCUCUGAGGAGGACCUUGAAGACUUCAGCAGGGAGCCCGACCCAGUCGCCCCCAAAACCCUGGAGCUGUGCGGCAAACGGCAUAUGAAGAAGCGGCUGCCAGCGCCAGAUCUCAGCCUGUCUUUAGACCGGGCCGACGGCUCAGUGCAGUCGGGCGAUUACCCGGAGCACACGCCAGACGGCAGCCUGGACAUCAACGUGGACGAGCUGGAGACACCAUCCGAGAGCGAGCUGCUGGACGGGCCAGAAGGCGGCCAUGACUUCGAGUGGGAAGACGAACUGCCCAGGGCCCGGCGCCUCGACAGCAGCCUGCUCGAGGAGAAACUUGGCGAGGGGCGCGUUGUGGACGUCGAGGACAAGGAUGGACGGAAGUGGAGGAUCUUCCUGACAGACGAGCGGGAACAGAAAGUGGAUCUGAGCGUCGUCGAGCCCUACAAGAGGGUCAUCUCCCAUGGGGGGUACUACGGGGAAGGCCUCAACGCCAUCAUCCUCUUUGCCUCCUGUUACCUGCCCCACAGCAGCAUCCCUGACUAUGAGUACGUGAUGGAGCACCUGUUCAGGUACAUCAUCGGGACCCUGGAGGUGAUGGUGGCAGAAAGCUACAUCCUGGUGUGUCUGAACGGUGCCACGCUCCGCAGCCAGGUCCCAUCAUUCAGCUGGAUAAAGCAAUGCUACCGGACCAUCGACCGGCGGCUCCGGAAGAACCUGAAGGCCAUGAUUAUUGUCCAUCCCACCUGGUACGUCAAGGUGCUGAUGGCCGUUUUCCGCCCCUUCCUCAGCUCCAAGUUUGGCAGGAAAGUGCAGUUCGUGGACAGCCUGUGGGAGCUGUCGCAACAGAUUCCUCUUGAGCAAGUGCACAUCCCUGACUGCGUCCAACAACUGGAUCAUAGCUGGAACGGCUCCAGGGACACAAAGCGGUGAUACUGCACAGCAGCAGCCCCCAGCGCCAGUAGGGGGCAGUCGCGCUGGUUAGUUCUGUAACUUCGUUACUUCUUCCCACCAGUGUUCCUUUUAAAGGAGAAACCGAAGCGACCGGGUUUGGGAAAGGAGCUUGCCGCCGGGGCUUUGUAAAUAGGUCCAGCUUAAAUGGAUGCAUUGGUUUAAACACUGGGGGGCUUCUAAGGUUAGGCUGACUUAAAUGGAGGACUUGGCUUACACAGGUUUUUAUGUGAAUGCCAUUACAGUUAGAAACGGGACCGUAGGAGCAUAUGCCUUAUUGGGCUCAGUACGGGGUCCUCUGGCCUGUGAGACAGGAGGUCAGACCAGAUGAUCUAACUGUCCCUUUUGGUCUUGCAAUCCCUCAGAGCCUGAGUGUCUACACUACAAUUUUAUAGUUCCGCAGUCCGAGUCAGCUGACCCAGACCAGCUGCAGGGCUUUUAUCGCAGUGUAGACGUACCCCUGUGGAUCUAAAACCAGAGUAGCGGUUGGUCUCACUCGGACUGAUCCCAGCUGGCUUUAUGGAAGGAAAUAAGGGUUUUUUUUGCCUGCACAGCUGCUACAGCUUUGGGAGAGGGACUAAUUUUGCCUUAGCGCAGCACUGGCCAAAGGAGCAGAAGUUCCUUUGAGCCCCAAAGAGCUGAUCCAGCUCUGGAAGAAGGCGCUGGAUUCUGUUCUGCCUCCUGCAUUCUUGUGGGAUCGGCACUUCGGCUCCAGCUGCAGAAUUCUGUUCCCAAGAUGCAUAUAACGUCCAGGUCCUGGCAGCUGGAAAAGUGAUGCUCCAGUUUGUAUGCUGACCAGCUCCAGGUUAGCCUGGAAGGGAGAGGGGAGAACGGGGACCCGCUGGGGAAAGCAGUGUGGCACCAUUAGCUUUGUUAAUUCCUGGCACCUUUCAAGGAAAGUGUCUUCAUUUGCAAAUGGCACCAGAGCAGCCAAGACAUAGGUGGCUGGAAAUACCGUGACCAGUGUCAAAAGACUUCACUCUGCAUCCUGCCAUAGCUCCCCCUAGGCAGUGACGGGAUGCUGCAAGCUGGGUAGUGGGACAAGGGUGAAUGUAUUUCACAGAGAGCGUUUUUCUCCCAAGUGUUUACUGUCAGGAGUCUGACGCAGGAAACUAACCAGCUCUCCCAACACCCAGGCCCAUUAUAACCUUGCAGUUAGCUUUCGCAGGCUACACUUCCUUGCUGUUUGUCUCUGUCUGCUGUCCAGGCAUGCAUCCUUAGUCCUCAAUUCAUGUAAGAUCCCUUGGGUGUGUGACCUCAGCCCUGCAUAUCAUUGCCCCCCACCCUGCAUGCUAGGGUGACCAGAUGUCUCAAUUUUAUCGGGACUGUCCCGAUAUUUAUUUGUUCGAUCGGGAUGCGGGACAAACAUCAGUCGGGAUGUGAAUUGUCCCGAUAUUUUGCCCUCCAGAGCACACGCAGAGGGGGCUCACACGCACCCCGCCCCAACUCCACCCCGGCCCUGCCCGUCCCUCCCCAAAUCGCCUCCCUGGCCCUGCCC